UUCCGCUCACAGGCUCAGCUUGCUUUACUGAGUACGUGUUUUUAUUUUUGUAUUUUUCUCUCAUUUUGUGUCUUUUUGCAAUGUCUGGACGCGGUAAACAGGGCGGCAAGGCUCGUGCCAAGGCGAAAUCUCGCUCCUCGCGAGCCGGGCUGCAGUUCCCCGUGGGCCGCGUGCACCGCCUGCUCCGCAAGGGCAACUACGCGGAGCGCGUGGGCGCCGGCGCGCCGGUGUACCUGGCCGCGGUGCUGGAGUACCUGACGGCCGAGAUCCUGGAGCUGGCGGGCAACGCGGCGCGCGACAACAAGAAGACGCGCAUCAUCCCGCGCCACCUGCAGCUGGCCAUCCGCAACGACGAGGAGCUCAACAAGCUGCUGGGCCGCGUGACCAUCGCGCAGGGCGGCGUCCUGCCCAACAUUCAGGCCGUGCUGUUGCCCAAGAAGACCGAGAGCCACCACAAGGCCAAGGGCAAGUGAUUUGACAGGCAGCUUGAGUUUCCACAAACGCUUUCCACCCAACGGCUCUUUUCAGAGCCCCCCCACCCAAUCAAAAGAAGAGCUAUUAUCACUAUUAGAAGCAAAGAUACGCAGAGGUGAGUUAGCCUUCUCCUAAAUUAGAGUAGGUUUUUAAGAACGGUCUCGGAUAUUACUGAAGACGGUUGUCUACAUGAAAAAUAAUGUUGCUUGCAACUUGUGAUGUAUUCCGGAAAUGCACUACUACUCAGUGGUUUAGUAACUUUAGAUUGACUUUAAAACUACUGAUAACCAUGUUCUCAAAUGCAGCGGGUCAGGUUGGUAAACUUGACCAGAUCCUCUUAGAUGACUCAGUUUAGAGUGGGCAACCGCCUCUCUGAGCCCUGUAAGGAAUUAAGGCUGGCCUGGUCAUAACUUUCAAGGGUAGCAACUGAGAUUUACUAGAACAUUAAAAGAACCUUUCAAAAUUGGCUACUUAAUUCAAAGUACAGAAUGAUUCUAACCUCAAGUUGGAACACUCCCCUGUUUACAGUUGUGAAAUAGG